AUGUCGUUGCCAUUUGCUCCAAUACCGCCAGCGACUGUUCGAUUGAGCCUUGGCCCAGAAGAAUGGGAAGCUUGCCUGGAUGCAUGGCUUACACUGUCCGACGCCCUGCUGAGCCUCUCUCGCGAUCAAUUCCGCCUUCAGUCGAGCGAAAAAGGCUCAUUACCUGCCUUCUUGGCUUCAUUCUAUCAUGAGCUUGACAGAGUUCAGCCCGAGGAUCACACGCUCGGCACUCCAAAAGCUCUCUCUCUCAGGAAAGCUUGUUUCAAACUGAUUGCACGCAUACUCAGCGGUGAUGCACCGAUACCUGUCUCUUCACUUGACUGGGGCUUCCUCUCGAGCUUUUGUCAUGCUCACAUGAAAAGCGUAGCUGCGUCUCAGCUGCUUUCGAGGGUAUGGAAGAAGAAGUCCGAACUUUUGAUACCGAACUUGCAGAAACAGAAAGACGCCAUCACUCAGGCUCUUGAUUCGAAAAACGUAGAUCCUGCUAUACCGCUUCUCACAAGACUGGCUCCUGUGAUCUAUCUAUCACCCGACAUCGGAGCUUUUUUCCUUACUGGAUCCGACUUCCUGGAUUCUUUGGUAGCAGCAUACAGUCGUACUGUAGCAGACCACCAGAAGAAAGCUAUAUCGACAGUGGUAUAUCUGGGACUAGUUUCCUGGGUCAAGUCUGACUCGCCCAACAACUCGAUUCUGUACGAUCAUCUCUACACCUUGAAGUCCCAAGGCCAAAGGUCGCCGCCAGAUCAAUCGGUAAUUGCAGAUGUCGUUACCAACACUUCGCUUUUGGCGAAGACUCGCCACUCCCUGGGGAACAAAGCCCCGGAAAGAUUGGUCAAGCUGCUUGAUACUCUUGAAACGUGUCGCACGCCCAGUAUCGCCCGCGCAAAGAAGCGCAAUCACCGCAGUCGAAGCAGAGCGAAGGGCAAACAACCUGUCUCCAAGUCUGAACUUCACGUGCAUCAACUGAGUCUGGUCACUCAAGUCCAGGAUCUGUUUCCAGACUUGGGCUCCGCCUUUGUGCUGAAGCUUCUUGGUGAGUACAACGACGAUGUCGAACAGGUGACAGCACAUCUACUGGACGAUUCUCUGCCUCCACAUCUGGCCUCACUCGAUCGGACCGAGCAAGCGCCUAUCUUCGACACCAGUCUUGACCGGCUUGACUUCGACACCAGUCGUUUACACAUCGGCAAGCGAAGCAAGAGUACUGCCAGCUCGGACCAGCCGAACAAAGCCGCAAUAUUGUCUGCGCUGGCCGCAUUUGACAGCGAUGACGAUGAACGCGAUGACACAUACGAUGGAGAAGACGUAGGCGGCACCAUUGACUCCGCAAACCCAGAUGGGGAGCCAGGUCCUGCUGCCAAGGUGACUCAGGAAGAGAACGAUAUGGCACUGUUCACUGCAUACAAGUCGGCGCCGGAGAUUUUUGGCCGGACCUUUGAUGUACGCAGGAGCCAAGCACGAGCUGCACUGAAAUCAGAAACAGGCAUGUCAGAUGAGCAGAUCGAAGGUUGGGCAGUCAUGCUACAGCGUGAUCCGAAACGCUUGAAACGAUUGGAAGCACAAGCUGGUAACAGCUUUGCGGGACAACAGCCAGAGCUGGCACGCACAUCAUACCGUGAGAGCCCUGGCAACACCGAGACCGAAGACUCUGAUGCUGCACAAGGUGGUAGAGGUGGCUUCCGUGGUCGAGGUCGUGGGCGUGGAAGAGGUGGUGGAGGGCGCGGCGGCGGGAAUGUUGCUGGCCCGUCAAGUGAUCCGAACACAGCUCAAGCUCAGCGCAGGAAGGAGGCGAGCAAGAGCAGCAGGGCGAAUCAUAACCGCCGACAACAGCGGGCGAAGAAGAUGGCCAGAGGCGGAUUUCCCGGUUGA